CCUAAUCUAGUCGCCUGGCAACCGAAGAGGAGUGCACGCUUGCUCGAGGACUUGGACGAUCCACAUUCGCAACGAACGCUUAGCCCCGCACAAAGUCCCAUGGCUGCGGCGCAGAAUGGAACCGUGGUCGUCGUCGACGGCGCACCCUUACCAGCUGCCGCAGACGUGGACGUGCGGAAGGGCGUUGUACUGGGCUGUUCAACGGCCGCCAUCGCUGUGACAGCGCUUAGCGUCUUCGUGGGCCUGUUCUUGCAUCCGGCCGUGCUGCUCCUACUGGUCCUGGGCAACGGCACGUGCAUCACUGUCGCAUUCAAGUACGGCUACAGGACUGCGGUCAAGGAGGCUCCUCCUGCUGCGGCUUCGAGAGUGGACGUUGACGGACAAUCCGCCUCCAAGGGUGCCGACCAGAAAGUCCAGGUUCCAGUGAUACAGAUACACCCCCCCAAAAUAGUUACCGAAUUGUAGGCACAUGGCUGCUGCAGAGUCCAGAUAGAAAUCACCAGAUGAGUCACGGAGCGGGGUACGCUCCUCAUAUACGAAAGGGAUGGGGCGCGGUUCGUAGUGCGGGCGGUUGAUGUUGACCUCUGGCAUUCUGCCAAUGUACAGUGGUGGACAAGAGAAACGCCCUUCUGGUCGCUCACGUUGGUGCAACCGGACGGCGCCGAUGAACAAUGUGUGUAGCCCCGCGGAUAACAUGAGCUGAAACACUCGACUUUCUUCUGCGUUUGCGGUCCCCACUAGCUCUGUCUAUUAUCUCCCAAUUAGUCAACGCAUAGUUCGGACCAAAGCUCCCUCAAAAACUUGCAGGUACGCCAGAGAAACCGGAGGGACUAUUUCAGCUCGUUUUGACCGCGUUUUAGUCCGUUCACCCUUAAGCUGACGCUAGAAGCUUGGCCUUCAGCGCGAGCUCGCUGCCUUCCGCAGUGCUUUGGUUCCGCGUGCCUGCGCGUUCACACUUGCAUGAGCAAGGGGAGAAAGCUCGCGCUGAAGGCGGAGCUUCUAGUCUCUGCUCAAGGGUGAACGGAGUAUAACGCCAGUGCAUACUAUAGACCUUUUCUGUUUCCUGUCGUUCUCAGUCACGUAAAUUCCGUGUCUAGCAUCUGGGACAAAAAAAAAAAAAAUCAACCUGGAUAUGCGAGAAAAUAUAGAUGAAGCAAAACAAGAAUGUGUGACGAUCACGCAUUUUUCGUAAACACCUUCCAGCGGCGUGGAGAGAUCAAAACAUUGUUUUACCGCAUACCAGAGGUGACGACAUUCAAGCUGGCUGCGCCCUUGUGGGAAAGGUGUAUACAACCAGUGAGACGAAGAGGCUAGCGCGUUCUGAAGUUUUGUUUUCCACGAGCUGCGCGCUCCAGCCUCCAGGCACACGAAGAGUGCUGCUGGCGAUGGUCAGAGAGGGGCGAAUGACGUUUAAAGGACAACUCCGCUACCAAGUCGAUCCAAACUAAAUAGAGAAUUUUAUAUACUCCGUUAAGCUGACACUGCAGCCAGUGCCACAAGCACGAGAGCACGAGGUCGCUGCUUUGAAACGUUUUCCCGUGGACCGAGCACACGCGCUAGAAAUGCACUUCUCAAAGCCAGGAGCGCGGGUCAGCUCGCGCUUGUAGCUUUGACUAAAGUUUUCUUCGGGGAAGAUAAUCCUCGUAGCGCUCCCCUCUCCUAAGCUGCGAGGGAAGCCAAGUUGGGGCAAGGUAAAAAGUAAAGAGGAUAUAGGAAAUGAGGAGGCGGGCAAAAGUGGAAAGCGCGAAGUGUACAUACGUCGGCCUUUAAGGGUGAGAACGACAGCGCUUCUCUUUCGAACGCCCGGCGUCCAGCACGCACUCGUUGCCUAAAUAUGCGCCGAGAAACCGAGGAGUUCGAAACGUGUUCGCCGAGUGCCGUGGAGACAAAGUCAGCUAGCUUUAGGUCUACCUACUAAUGAUUCCAACCAGAGCUCGGCUUUCUCACGUCCCGCUCUCGUCUCCUCCUCUUCCUCACUUUCUCAGCUCAUUGCAGUGCUUCGGCUCCUCGUGUACGCUCAAGGCUCACCGGAUGCCGAGGCGUUAUCGAAGGUAGGAAGCUCCUUCCCACCGUUCUCAUCCUGCCAAUGGCUAUAGUAGACCGUAGCCUCCCGAUUGUGGGCCUAGCGGGCGCGUGCUCGGUCGACGCCUCCGAGUGACGGCACAAGCUCCCGCGAGCAAUGCCAAGCUUUGUCGUACGGUCUACUAAAAGUCUAAUCAAUAGGGAGUUUUCGUAGACCGCGUUGCCCCCUCCGCUAAGCAUUCCGCAACGAAGAAGUUGCUACUGCGCCUGCGCGCUGAUAGCCUUGACUGUGGAGUUCCCGCUAUCGUAGCGGGUUGCGGAGGGCCUUGCGGGACGGCAAAAACGAUCUACUAGAGCUCCCUACUAAUUUCGCUUUAGGGGGACGAAAUACGAUCGCUGCCACAAUAUUACGCCAAGGUGAAGCCGCCUUCCACCCUAAAACCGUUAUUACAAAUGCUCCAAUCAGCUCCCUAGCGGGCCUCCAGCGGGUUGGCCUUUUGGUGAAGCCGCAUUGGUCCAUGACGUCAGUCUUGCGCUGCCAUUUAGUGUUUUUCCUGCGUUUGCUGACGGUUUACAGCCGUCAUGACUGCUAGACAGACGGUCUGCUUCCUUUGUUCCUGGUUAGUUUGGUGCGUUUUUACAGUUGCCGUUGGUUUGUGUUCCUGAGGCAAUCGUGGUGGCUCGCUGCUCGCUCACGGAGGCUGACGUCGUUGCGCAAUGCCGAACACGCUUUGCUGUGCUGUGGGUUGCGCAAACAACCCGUUGCGAAACCCGGACGUGGAUGUGUUUUAACCACUGGAAUCAAUCCAUUGUGAGGGACGAACAAAAUAAAUUGCCGUUGUGUUUUUCUGCCACCCUGAA